GCACCACAUGAAGUUUGGAGAGAAUUUUCAGAGCUAAAUAAGUCAAAAUGUAUGUCACAGUAGCUUAAAAUAUAUCUACGUUUGUAUUUGAUUGACAAGUUUAAAGAGUUCUGUGCUGUAAGUGAUGGAUAGAAAAGGGAACAUGCGGCGCGCCACAUCGGCUGGAUACCGUUUACCAGACCGACCAAACGGUCCUCUCGCCUCGCAGUCCUCCGUCUCAGUGUUCAGGCAUUCAGGGGGCAGGACACGAAACACCGAGACACAGGAGCACGACGAUGACACCCGAGACCCGGUAAAGCAGGACCAGGUCUGGAGAGAGUUUGUGCGCGCCGAGCGAACCGGAGUGAUGGAAUGGGAGAAGAACUGGAGUUUCCUCAAGAACUUUGACCAGCUGGGUCGUCCACGAACAGAAACUCCUCUCCCCAGCUCUACGUCUUUGUAUUCAGAUAGAGUCCCGAACACUAGUAACCAAAUGUUUGGCAGUGGCUUGUACACUGAGCUGGGCAAGGAGCUGAUUCGCAUGGACAAUCUGCUAAUCCUGACAACAAACCACCGCAAGACCAAAAGAAAUCCAGAGAUGCAACCUAGCUGAAGUUUACCAUGCACAGGGUCUGUAAAGAAACACUCCCUAUAGUGUCCCAACAUAGAUUUGUUCCAUUCUCUAGAGAUUGUCCCUUGAGUCUUUCUGUUUGUCUUCUUGUCUCUCUGUCAACAACUACUGUGAUGUUGCCAACCUCUGAAUACCAGGUUGUGUGUGUGUGUGUGUGUGUGUGUGUGUGUGUGUUUUCACAGUGUGGCAGAUGAGAGCUUAGGUGAA